GCUCGAGGGAAUGGUCUCCGUGGUGACGCACUUGGUGUCCGCGGAGGGAGGACGAGGACGGGGGCGGCGGCUGCUGCGAGGGGGGGUCCGGGCUCUCCCCGUUUCCCUUAGUCGCACUCAGGCAGCCGCCGCCGCUGCCGCCAUGUUGGUUUGAGAGGCGAUGACAGGAGGCGGCCGCGGCGUGUGGGACUGAAAAGUGAAGGAGGAGGAGGAGAAACAAAGCUCUGAGAGGAAACCAUUCCCGGGCUGAGGAGAAGGAGGACCCGGCCUCUUCCGGGGACCAGCCGAAGUCGGCGUCGCCCGGAGCUCGCGAGGCCGGGGAGGGGAGGGGAAGGGAAGGCGGAGACCGGGGAGGCGGCGGCGGGGAAGGCGGAGGCAGAAGAGGAGCGGUGAGGAGCCGGAGACGAUGCACCCCGACCCCAGCUGCUGUCCGGAGGCGCCCGCGGCCUGAGCCCAGAGGGGCUGUGGAGUGUCCCGGCCGGCCCCGAGCACCCCCGCGCUGUCGGUCCCCCGCUCCGGUCUUUCGCUUUGGCUUCCAACUAGUUAAAUGCCCUUGAGCGCGGGUUUCCGCGGCCCGGCUCUUCGCCCCCGCGGCGCGAGUUGAGCCGUUUCCCCGCGCUGUCCGCGCGGGCGCUCCGAGAGCGGCUCUGCAGGGUCCGCGGCCAGCGUCCGGCCACCGCUCGGCCGCCACUCAAGGCUCACGCGUCGAUGUGUAGCUACAUAGUUAUCUGUGUACAUCCACGCUGGGGCAUUUUCCUCCUGCUUAAUGAGGACUUGACUCGGGAGCAAGUGUGAAUCAUUGCCGGGGCUGGGAAAGGAGGAAGGCGCAUUUAACCCCCUCCCACCCCUCUCCAUGUCCGUGUGUCACUCGGCUCGGUCCACCUGGCGCGGCCGGUCCUGGGGCUGCUGCUGCUGCUGCUGACGACGACGACGACGACGGGGGCUGCCUCUGCUGUCCCGGGAGUUUCUUCCUGCUCCGGCCACACAGCUCCUGGGGAUUGUUCCUCUUCGAACCAGAACCUCGGCCUGACCGGCACUUUGGCUCCAAAAUAACUUUAUUUUUGGGGGAGAAAGCACAUCACGAACCAGUCAAAAUCGUGGUUUAUUUCUGUAACGUGAAGACUUCUGCUCUUUUUUCUUUGUUUUUUUUUCGUAAACAUCUGGGUGUAUAUCAAACGGCAAGAUGUCCAGUAAUGUCCCGGCGGAUAUGAUAAAUUUGCGCCUCAUUUUGGUAAGCGGAAAAACAAAAGAGUUCCUGUUUUCUCCUAACGAUUCUGCUUCUGACAUUGCAAAGCAUGUAUAUGACAAUUGGCCAAUGGACUGGGAAGAAGAGCAGGUCAGCAGUCCAAAUAUUCUACGACUUAUUUAUCAAGGACGAUUUCUACAUGGAAAUGUCACAUUAGGAGCAUUAAAACUUCCUUUUGGCAAAACAACAGUGAUGCAUUUGGUGGCCAGAGAGACAUUACCAGAGCCAAACUCUCAAGGUCAGAGGAAUCGUGAGAAGACUGGAGAGAGUAAUUGUUGUGUAAUCCUGUAAACACUGUCUGCCUAGUGUGAUGUGAUAUAGUCUUUGUCUUUCAUGCUGCUGGGACAGAAAAGACCCGACAUUGCUUCAGAAACCGUUCAGAACAGUCUGCCUGUAAACACAUGGAACUGAAUUACCACAUGAACACUGUCAUCUUUUCUCAUGAAAGUAAAAAGAACCAAGAACAUUUUUCACUCUGAUUUUUUAUUUCUUGUAUUUUUUGUUGAGCUGUUUUAACACAUAUUGGUUUUUGAAUGCAGUCAAUCUCCAGGGGAAAAGUUAACAAGUUAUCUUUCGUAGCAGAAACCAUUUUGCUGCCACAAAAUUUUCAUCAUCAGAACUAAUAAAUCAAGUGUUCCAAAUACAAUUUGCACUAAAAAGAUUGGCAUUAUUUUCCUCAUCAGCAGAAUUUAUAACAGUUUGUGGUAUCUAGAAAUACUUAUAUAUACAAUUCCACACUGGAAGACACUCAGCAAUUAAUGAAGUUAAUUACUGGGCCAACUUGAGAGGAAAAAAUGGAAAAGAAACUAAAAUGUUGGGUGAAUUCUACCAAAGUCAGCUGUGGUGGCUGCACUGGCACAGAAUACUAAACUGAGUGUGACUAUUUUCACUGCAACAAAUGAAAAAACAAAAUGUGCCUGUUUAAAGCACUCAGUAGAGGGCUGAUGAAACUAAUUUUUUUUCCUUUAAGACAUGCACUCUUGAGUCCUACAGUAACUGAGUGUUUGUUUAGACAGCACAAGAAGGGGUGAGAGUGCGUCUCCUAGCCUUAAUGUGGGAGGGUAGUUUCAGUCACUCAUCGGCUUUCAUUAUUAUGCAGAAAUAUUAGAAAACCUCAUUGAUCAAUUUUAUGUAUUUGAAUAUCAGCAAAUUGAAAUUUUCCAUAAUUAUCAUUAAUUUGUAACCACAUCCAGUGUCAUGCUUACUCCUUAGAGUUCAGAUGAAUUCUUAAAAUUAAAAAAAACUCCAUAGUACUAAUUUUGUUUCUUUAUAUAGUUUGCGUUUGAUAUUAGUGCUUGGCAAUUGUAUUAAAGUCAAAAGCUGAUUUUUAUGGCAUACACAAUUAAGAAUGCCACUUUUUCUUUUAUUUCAUACCAAUAAUUUAAAGAUUGAUAUGCUAAAAACAAUUUGCACAGCACUAAAGCAUGAGCUACUUUCAUCUAAACCUGUAAAAAUAUGAAAGAUUUUUAUAUUUUUUCACUGGGAAGAAAUUCUUCCUGGAUGAAAUUACAAAUAUGUGUAGAAUAUAUUUAAUAAAAGACUUAUAAAAUACCUAACUACAGGACUUAAAAUAUAGAUUGGCGCGUAGUAUAUAGAACAAUAUUCCAUAUAAAUAAGUUUAGCCUUUAUAAAAAUGAAGUUGCAGGCUGACAUUACAUUCUGUACUUACUAAGUGUCAACAGCCCUUACAAACAUUAAAUGUAAAUGGUUUCAAAUGGUCAGCGUUGUUUAAGUGUAAUCAUGUUAUUUUAUUCAUUGUUAAUGCUUUGAUGAAAAGGCUUUAUAUGCAGUAGAUCUACGAAAAUAUUGUUCAUACUGAUCAGAAUUAAAUUUGUAUAGAGCAGAGUUUUAAAAUGAAUGUAAAUAGCACUAAACGUUUUCUUUCUGCAACCUGUACUUACAGAUUCUUCCUGUAAACUAAAUAAAAAAAAAUGAUAGUGCAUUUUGGUGGUAAUUUUAAAGGUCUUGAUUAGGUCAAUAAUUGUUUAAGCACCGUCUCAUUCAUGUUUUCUACUUUCAUUUCUUAAGCUUUUAAAAUUCAUUUAAUUAAUAUUCUGUUGUUGGUUUGGGGAGUAUUCCCAAUGUAUCUUUGAUAUUUAACAUGGUUAAUUUGUGUACAGUCACAACAAUGGAUAGAAUUAUGUAGUCUCCGUUAUCACUAAAAUGUUAUCUUCAAGAGAUGUUAAAUAUUUAUAUGCUUUAUUGACUAGCUGAAAUGUGAAUUCUGUUAGUGUUGACUAAAGAAUCUGGUAGUUGCUUAAUUGGGCAAUUAAACAAUUUAUGGCUCUAUUUUGUAAAACAAACUACUGGUAAUUAUUUUUAAUACCUAUUUUCAUUCUGAUUACUCUUUUUUUAAGUUAAAGACUAUCAGUUAAUUAAGAUUGAGUUUUUAUGAUGUUAAAAAUAAUUCUCUAUUGGUUUUUCAAUAUAUUUUUCUGUGUGUUCUCAGAUUAUAUAUUUCCCUCAAUUUAGAGUUUGCUAAGUGAAAUAAACUGGUUCACUAGUAGAGAAAGAAUUACAUCGCUUAAUACCUAAUAUCAUAGUUGUACAAUAUGAAAAAAAGAAUAAAAAGUAGCAGUAAAAUUAUAUACUGAAAACACCAAAAAUUUAGAUGCCUUAAUAAUAUAUACGUGAAAAUACUCAGCUGUCCCUUUAAAAAUAAUUCCUUGGACUGCCUGGUGGUUAAAAUACGAUUCCUCAUAUCCAAGGCUACUUUUGAAGAUCCCUCUGCCAAAAAUAUAGCUCACUUAUCUAAAGGUGAGAGCUGCAUAGAUCCAGUAAUGUACAUAAAGCCUGAAUGAUGAGCCUAUGUCCCUGCCUAACGCUGGUGUCUCACUCAUCUCUUUUACCUAAAUUGUCCUGAACUUUGUUAAGUGUUCUGGACAAGGCCAAGCUUUUCUUUAUUAAAACCUCAGCAUGUCUCCCUGAUCUGAACUAUUUGCUUUCUCUUCAAGAUAAGUUGUAUUUUACCAUGGAAAAAUACAGUAUCUAACAUUACCAUUCAUGUUAAAUGAAGUUUCCUCAUAACAUUUAUCUUUAGUUUUAUGAAGUCAUCGUGACCAAUGUUACAGUAAUUUCUGUUAGCUGAUUGUGGUAAACAAUGUUUAAUGUGAAAAGAAAUUAAAACUUUCUUCAUCUGUUGUAGAA